CCUUCUGGCUCCUCCCAGGCUCCACCCCCUCCUCCAGUUUGGCGAAUCCAUGGCCGAAUCUCCGCUCAGCUGCAAGGCUCAAGCAGAGGCUCAGGCUCCGCCCACGGCUGUGGUUGCGGCUAGCGCGGAGCCCCGGGGGUUGCGGGGGUUGUUCGGAGGAGGCCCGGGCCUGGGGCUCCCGGGCGCAGGGAGGAGACGAAGCCUUGGCUCUAGAGCCAUGAGCGGAGCGGAGCAGGUGGGCGACCGCCUCUUAGGCCCUCGCCCACAGCCCCAGCCUCAGCCUGGGCGAUCGAUGGGCCCCCGCACCUUCACCAUCGACAGCAUCCUCCGCCCGGAUCUGCGGGGGGCGCCGCGGCCUGGCUACUGCUGGGGACCGCGGGGACCUAGCCCAGCCCACGAGCCUCAGCACUACGAGGACCCUGAGGAGGAGGAGGAAGCGGUGGCCGUGGAGGUCGGGAGGCGCGAUCUCGGCUCGGGAAAGGCAGAGAGCAGGAGCCCUAGCCCGAGCCCGAGCCGGAGCCGAAGCCGCAGCCGCAGCGGGAACCCGAGCAGAAAUAGGAGCAGGAGUACGAGCCGGACUCGCGGCUGGGACCCCGGCCAGGGUAGAGGAGCAAGUGGAAGCCUCCAGGAGGUCUCGGGGCCCCGGGAACUGCCCUGCCCCAGAGGGAGCAGCCCCGACACCACAGAUCGCAGCGAGUGCCGAGCUGGCCCGUCCUCUGGGCCGCAGUCGAGCAAAAAGAAGACGAGGACCAUCUUCUCCAAGAGUCAAGUGUUCCAGUUGGAGGCAACAUUCGACGUGAAACGCUACCUGAGCAGCGCUGAGCGUGCGGGCCUGGCGGCCUCCCUGCAGCUCACCGAGACGCAGGUGAAAAUCUGGUUCCAAAACCGCAGGAACAAACUCAAGAGACAGCUGGCUGCCGAACCCCACGGGCCAGUGGGGACCCAGGCUUCCGAGCAGGCCUCGGAGCUGCCGGCCCUUUAUAAGGACUCGGCCUUCCUCAGUCGCUACUUGCUGCCGCUGUCCCUUCCCCUCCUGUACCCCGGGCACAGCUUCCCCUACCUCUGCCUCCCCCGGCCAGGCAAAUAUUUCAGUCUGCUCGACGGAGACGUAUAAUUGCCUUCUUUUUUCUUCCCUCAUUUGGUCGACUUUCCACCCCCCACAUAUACAUUUUUUCUCCUUUCUUCUUUUUUUUCUCUCAUGCUUUUUACUGUCUCUUUUUCUUCUCCAUCUU